ACCCCCCACGCUACCCCCACGAGCAUUAUAUCAGUUUAGCUAAAGCAAGUGUGUUCAUAUUCAUUCAUAAUACACUCAUGAUAACUAAGCUCAGUCCCUAACAUGGUAAUUAUAGGUAAUUAAUAAAGGGUAAAACUAUCUAAACACACACAAAGCUGGCAUCCUCCCCAGUCCCCACCACUUAUACAGCCUGUCAUCACUUCCUAUUGGUUUACAAAACGACAAAGUCCUACGUGGCAUUCAGUUUUUUUCAAACACAAACUCAAACUCUUCUUGUCUAUUUAUUACACUAAGUUUUCCAUUUCUCUUUCACAUUAUCACUUCCUCUCACAAGUUACAAACCCUUCAAUAAGCUUAUUUCACCUGAGAACGAGCCACGGCUUACGAGUCAACUCGGCGAGAUGGGUAUAUGCAGUUCGAGCGAGUCGACUCAAGUGGCAACGGCGAAACUGAUCUUGCAAGACGGGAGGAUGAUAGAGUUUACUAGCCCCGUGAAAGUAGGAUACGUUUUGCAAAAGUAUCCCAUGUGUUUUAUCUGCAACUCAGACGAUAUGGACUUCGACGACGCCGUUUCAGCUAUUAGCGCCGACGAAGAGCUUCAGCUAGGUCAGAUAUACUUCGCGCUUCCUCUUCGUUGGCUUCGUGAGCCGCUUAGAGCCGAUGAGAUGGCUGCAUUGGCCGUUAAAGCUAGCGCUGCGCUCAUGCAAAGCGGUGGUGGUGGAGGAAGUUGUCGCCGGAAACGUGUAGAUCCUAUUGUCGCUGGUAAGUCUCGGAAGAGAUUUGGCUCCGGUGAUGAUACAGUGGGAUCCGGCGGUGGUAGAAGGAAAGGCAGAGACGGUGACGGUGGUGGUAGUAGCAGUAAUAGUGGCCGGAGGAGGAAGUGUUACGCGGCGGAGCUGAGUGCGAUAGAAGAGUGAAGGGUAGUUUUAGAGUUUGUGGAUAGUUGUAAUUAUGUUGGGGCACUUUAGUCAUUCAAUGAAGAAUCAAGUUGCAAAUUAGCAAUAUUCGAAAAGUUAUCUUUUGGGAUUUUAGUAGCAAUAGUACUUAUCAUUGAUUUGUGACAUUUGUCGACUUUAAAUUCUUAUUCUUCUUACACUUUCCCUUUUCCCAUGGAUUUUAAAAUCUCCGUUAUGAGACAAUUUUAUAGUUUAAA